UUCUUUGGCUUGACUGAUUGACAAGGUUUUCACCUGUGGAGUUUUUGUUUUAUAAUUUUAUUAAUUUCGCUGUAACUGUGUUUUAAAUUGAAUAAUUUAUUCACAAAAUAGUUAAAAGAUCCCACAGUCGUUUGCCCUGCGUCUGAAAUUGUUGAUUUAACUAAUCUUCAAAGUUUAACCUAUACGUCUCGUAGGAUAUAAAUAAAACUAAAAUGGCAAAAAGUAAUAUUAAUAAAGACAAGGGAAAAAAUGCCGAUGAAAUUUUCAAUGCCUUCCAAACUUUACGCAACGAACAAAGACAAUUAGCAAAUAAAAUUACUGAAUUGGAGAUGGAUCUGAACGAGCACAAGAUUGUUAUAGAGACUUUACAAGGGGUUGAUAAGUCGCGAAAAUGUUUCCGUAUGGCCGGUGGAGUGCUUAUUGAGAAAACCGUCGGCGAUGUGUUGCCUAUACUCGAAUACAAUAAAGAACGUCUGCCGCAAGCGAUCGAGGCUUUGAACGAGCAAUUGGCGCGUAAAGGGAAAGAAAUCAAUGAAUACAUCGAGACUCACGACAUCCGAGUGCAUCGGGGCCACCAAGCGCCAGAGAGCACUGAAGAACAAGCCACUAAGUCUAAUGUUCUUGUUGCUAGUGAAUGACCGCUAUAGCUUUAAAAACACUAAAUGUCUCGU